CUUCUCCUUUCUUUACUCAAACAAUAACAUCCUCCAUUGUCGUCAGGUCCCUCAUCAUGGUCGCACCUCUCUCAGUUGGUCAAGGUCAUCGUCGACGACGUCGCUCAAUGUUGUAGUGUGUAACCUAGGUUUUCAUGUAUCUAACCCUAUUUCUUCUUCUGUCAUAUGGUCCCAUAAUCUAGGUGGGAUGCUGACAAUGCUCAACGAGCCCCAUCUCUCGCUCAAGCUUCGCACGCUCUCCAACCUUAACAACUUGGUCAACACCUUCCGUCCCGAGAUCUCCACUAGUCUCUUCCUAAGAUGUGAAUGGAUGAACAGUUGUGGAGGACUGGCAUUUUCACCUCAUGUUAUCACUGUUAGAGUUGGGGAGGACAUUGUAGCAAAGUUAUUCUCAUCUUCACAGCAGAGGCCAAGGGCUUUCUGCAUAUUAACUAAAGUUGGUACUGUUUUUUCUGUCACUCUAGCCAGCCAGCUUCUACUAGCAUCAGUGCUUGGUAUGAGGGUAAAGAACUGAACAUUGCAUACCUCGACUAUUAGAAAUUUUAAUCAUAAAUGUCCUUCAUCUCCAUCUGUGUGGUUCUAACUUAGUGACAAGUUAUCAUGAGCAAGUUGAUUAAGUUAUAGUUCUGUGUUUUUCAAGAAAAGAGGCAAAUCGUAGCAAUUCUGGUAUUGUAAUUAAAAUUCAGCUUUAUGCAACGACUAAUGAUAUUUAGUGUUAUUUAAUGUGAA